AUGGCAAACAUUAAUCUGCAAUGUCUAUUAGGAAUACAGUGUAAGGAUUUCGUUAUGAUAGCCGCUGACCAGAGCAAUAGCCACAGUAUUAUGGUGAUGAAAGACGAUGAGGAUAAGAUCCACAAGAUUUCCGAUAAGCUCAUAAUGGGUGUGAUUGGCGAUCAAGGCGACUCGACUCAGUUCGCUGAAUACAUCGCUAAGAACAUUCAGUUGUACAAAAUGCGCAACGGUUAUGAGCUUGGACCCACUGCUGCCGCUAAUUUCACACGGAGGAAUCUCGCCGAAUACCUGAGAAGCAGCACCCCUUACUUCGUGAAUGUAUUGAUGGGUGGGUAUGAUAAAGAAAAUGGUCCAGAACUGUACUUCAUGGACUAUUUGGCAUCCAGUGUAAAAGUUCCCUUUGCCUGCCAUGGAUAUGGUGGUUACCUCAGUUUGAGUAUUAUGGACCGCUACUACAAAGAAGAUGCUACUGAGGAGGAAGCAUAUGAAAUAUUGAAGAAGUGUGUGAAGGAAGUCCAUAGAAGAUUGUUUGUCAGCCUGCCCAACUUCCAAGUGACCAUUGUCAAUAGGGAUGGCAUCAAAGUGUUGCCCGUUAUCAACUCUGAGUUACUCAAGUGA